AUGAAUACUGAACAAUUCCGCAAAGCUGGCUAUCAAGCCAUCGACAGGAUAUGCGAAUACCAUGACACUUUGAGGGAUAGGCCUGUCUCAUCCCAAGUCGAGCCAGGAUACCUCAGAAAGCUGCUUCCGUUGCAGCCUCCGCCCCCAUUGAAGGCGAAGACUUCCAGCUCAUCGCGGAUGAUUAUCAAAAAUACAUCAUACCUGGUCCUGACACACUGGCAACACCCCUCGUUCUAUGCAUACUUCCCUACGUCAAGCACAUUCGAGGGCAUACUUGCAGAACUAUACGCGUCUAGCACGUCUAACCCUGGAUUCAACUGGGCUGCGAGCCCCGCAUGCACAGAGCUUGAGGCCGUGGUCAUGGACUGGACCGCUCAAUUACUCGGGCUCGAUAAGGCGUUCUACAACAUCUCCGAGGUCGGCGGCGGCGUCAUUCAGACGUCAGCAUCUGACUCUGUGUUAGUCUCGACUGUCGCUGCACGUUCACGAUACAUUCGUGAGCACCCUGAUGUGGCGAUGGAGAAACUCGUGAUCUAUACCACUACCCAAACCCACUCGCUUGGGAAGAAAUCCGGGCUCGUCUUGGGUCUCACAGUGCGCGCAUUAGACGUCACAGCUCAGGAUAACUUUGCAUUGCGUGGAGACACGCUCAAGGUAGCAUUGGAGGAGGAUAUAAAAGCCGGAUUACACCCUUUCAUCCUGAUCGGUACGGUGGGGACGACAUCUUCCGGCGCUGUCGAUCGGCUCGACGAGAUUGCUGAUGUCGCGAAACAUUACCCUUCCCUGUGGCUGCACGUCGAUGCUGCAUGGGCAGGCGUCGCAUUCGCGUGUCCCGAAUAUCGCGAGGCGUACCAACUUCCUGCCAUAAAUGAAUAUGUAGACUCUUUCUGCACCAAUUUCCACAAGGUUUGUUUACUCCUGUUCCGUGGCAUCAGUCUUGAGCUCAUCGACAUUCUGCAGUGGGGUCUCAUCCACUUUGAUGGAUCUUGUUUGUGGGUGCGGCACCGGCAACAUCUGAUCGACGCGCUAGACAUCACGCCCGAAUUUUUGAGGGCGAAGAACGGGAAUGCAGCCACCGCUAUCGAUUACCGCAACUGGCACGUAGGCCUUGGCAGACGGUUCCGAUCGCUCAAAUUCUGGUUCGGUCUUCGUGCACGGGGGGUGAAAGGCAUCCAAAAGUACAUCACCGACUGCAUCAAGUUGAACAACAAGUUCUCACAGAGCAUAUACGAAUCCGACUUAUUCUCUGUCGUCACCAAACCUUCCCUUGCCAUCACAGUCUUCAGGCUUGCACCAAAGGCCCUUCCUCACCUCAGGACUCCCGAGCUCAAUACUUUGAACCGCGCUUUCUACGCACGGCUUGCAGCACGGAAUGAUAUCGCGAUCACCCAGACGGACUUGAAUGGGGUGUUUUGCAUUAGGAUGGUGAUCGGGUCUGAAAAGACUUUGGAGAGCGACGUCGAACACGCGUUGGAGUUGAUGAAGGAUGAAGCGAUGAUUUCGUUGAAGAACUGGGAGGUCAUUGGAAAUGGGAGAGGCAGGAAGACGUCCGUGAUCCUCUCUCAGACCCACUAA